AUGACUUACACUUCUUCAACAAGCCAUUAAAAUUGAUUCAACCACUGAAAAACCCAAAAGCAAAUCCCUCUUUUCUCUUGGAUUUCGGUUGAUCGAGUUUACAACCGAAAAUAUUAAAUAUUCCGGUGACCGAAACCGUAAUACCUAAGCAUUUUCGGUACGGUUUCGGUUGCUAAAAAUGAAAAAAAAAUAUUUUCGGUUAGUUACAUAUCGGUUUUGAAUAGACCCAAAACCGACCCGUGCUCAGGCCUACUGCGAAUCCCUCCCUCCAAAAAUGGCUGAUGCUAUACUUUCCCUAUUCCUAGACCAGGUAAAAACAAUCAUCGACAAGGCAAAGAAAGAGGUGAAGCUGCUGGUCGGUGUUGAGGAAGAAGUGGAAAAGCUUGAAAGAAAUCUUGAUCUUGUCCUGAGCGUGCUCGCGCACGCUGAGGAGAAGAAAACAACCGACCAACUUGUCAAGAAAUGGCUGCAUAAGCUCAAAGAAGCUGCGUACGACAUGGAGGAUGCAUUGGAUGAGUGGAAAACUAGAGCAGAGCUGGAACUGAAAGGAGCAGAAAAUGCUGCUAAUCGUCAGGGGAAGGUAAUACUACUCUGCAACGUCCUUUCAUGCUUUUCUCUUCGUCGGCUAAGUAAUCGUCGUGAAGUUGCUAGGAGCAUAAAGGAAAUCAAUAGAAGAAUAGAUGAGAUUGUAAAGGAGAAAGAUAAGUAUCAAUUGGAAAGUAAGAAGAUUGAACUUCCAAAACGUCCAGAAAGUUCAUCUUUUGUUGAUGUGUCAAAACUAUGUGGUCGGGAUGGGGUGAAGAGAAAAAUAUUGAGGUAUUUGUUGGAAGGGAAUAGUGAAGAGGAGGCCGGAAAACUAAUCCAAACCAUCUCUAUAGUAGGGAUGGGUGGCCUGGGAAAGACAGCUCUGGCACAACUGGUGGGCAAUGAUCCUGAUGUUAAAAAGCAUUUUGAGAGUGUAAUAUGGGUUUGUGUUUCUGAUUCUUUCAACGAGAAAAGAGUUGCAAAAGCAAUCAUUCAAGGGCUUGAAAACCUUAGUGGUAGCGCAACAUAUGGCCUAGAAUCAGAUCCAUUGGAGGUUCUUUUAGGAAGGAUUUCUAAAUAUAUCGAAGGAAAGAAAUAUCUUCUUGUUUUAGAUGAUGUUUGGGCCGAUAAAGGUGAGAUGUGGGAUUCACUAAAAGUCACAUUCGAUCUUGGUGCUGCUGGAAGUAGAAUUUUAGUGACUACUCGGGAUCUUCAAGUUGCAUCAAUUAUGGGGUCCUCUAACUACCAAAUCAUUCAUCUAGAGAAAUUGGGUGACGAGGAGUGUUGGUCAAUACUCAGAGAUACAGCAUUCAGAGGAAAGGACAAGCUGAAGAGUCGAGAAGAUUUGGAGGAAAUUGGGAGGAAAAUUGCAAACAGAUGUAAAGGCUUACCUCUUGCUGCCAAAGUUUUAGGAAGUCUCUUACGGUCUAGAAGUACUAAAGGAGAGUGGCUAACUAUCUUGGACAGUGAAAUAUGGGAACUAAAUUUAGCACAAAAGGAAAUUUUUGCUCCUUUAUUGUUGAGUUAUUAUGAUUUGCCCCAUCCUGUAAGGCGGUGCUUCUUGUACUGUGUACUUUUCCCUAAAGAUUUUGAGUACCCGUAUCAUGGCAUAACAUCACAAUGGCUGGCACAAGGGUUUUUAGGCUCUGAUCCUGAUGCAGACUUGGAGUUAGUAGGGCUAGAAUACUUUAACAUCCUAGUAGCCCACUUUUUCUUUCAAGAUUUUACAAUUUGGAAUGGACAGAUUUAUCAUUUUAAGUUGCAUGAUGUUGUACAUGACUUUGGUAAGUAUUUGGCAGAGGAUGAGUUUGCUAUGAAGGUUGUGGAGUCUGAACAUUUGAGUACAAACUCAACAAAACAUCGUCACUUGUUAGUGAUGGUUGAUAAAAGGAUGACUUUUCCAACAUUCAUUUCUGGUGCAGAAAAGUUGCGAACUCUUGUAACUUAUACAGGAGAGGAUGCUUUAACUCCGAAAGCAUUGCGUAGCUUGUUUAACCAUUGCAGACAGUUAAGGCUAUUGGAUUUUAGCCUGCCUGUUGGACCUGAUCAUUUAUGUAAUGAAGUUCCUGAAGAAGUUGGGAAAUUGCUGCACUUGAGAUUUAUAAACUUGGCUUUUAGUCAAAAAUUAGAAAGGUUGCCUGAAGCACUCUGCAACAUACUUAAUUUAGAGUGUUUGAUGCUUACAGGAUGCCAAAAUUUGAAGCAUUUACCAGAGUCGAUAGGAAAAUUACUCAAUUUGAGGUUUCUUUCUACUAAUGGUUGCUUUGCUCUGACUCACUACCCUAAAGACAUCCGGAAAUUGACUUCUCUUAGAACUGUACUCGGGGCCAUUACUAGAGCUGAUAGGAAUGAUGAUAAAGAAUUUAGCCUUGCUGAUCUUGGAAACUUGAAGCAUCUCCAUUCAAUUCGGAUGAAAGUUGUGGGAAAUUCAAUUGAUAAGGAAGAGGCUAGAAAAGCUGAACUUCAGAAUGUGGAGGAGUUAUUAAUAUAUUUGGCUGAAGGAGUUGAGGAAAGUGACAUAAUUGAAGCCUUACAUCCGCCUUCAGGCAUAAGAUUUGGUUUCAGCGACGACUAUUGGCUCCUUCUGCCUGGCACUAAAUAAAAAGUUUUUUUUAUUGGGGGCAUUCAGUCCAGGCUCGGUGUUGCUCUCUGGUAAUUUUUACUGGACUCCAGUGACGGUGUAGACAUUGUCCAGCAACCUCUGCAACUUCGAUCUCCCUCUUUCUUUCGGUAAUCAUUAUGAGAACUUAGAAUUGUAUUACUUAGGUCUCUUAUCUGUUAAUGUCUAGCUGCUCUAGUUAGGCAGUUGACUGCAGAUAUGAACCCUCAAACUUACCAGGUUCGUUCUUACCAUUCCUAUGAUUUAUCUGUUAAUGCUUGUUUAGUGUUUAAUGGAAAAGAAUAUAGUUUUUGUAAAUUUUGACUCAGGUGGUCUUUAUCUGCCAUUGCCUUUUAAAUUUCAUUGCACAAUAAAAUAAAUUUUGAUUA